UCCGGGAGUCCUCUCCGCCCCGGCGUUGGUCCCGCCCCACAGGCCGGGCUAAACGUGACGGCUGACGGGUUUCCAGGCCAGUUUUUCCGGCUCCCCAGAGCUUGUUCCUCCUCCCGCUUCCGGGCGGUCCAGAGCCGGCGGGGCGACGCGGGGACGGACGGCAGCAGCUCCGGACCGUCGGUGUGCGGGAGCAGCGAUGAGCGCGCCAGCAGCGGGUGAGAAGAUGGAGAGCCACAGUCAGAUGGUGGAGCGGCUGCGCGCGGCGUUCCGCUCCGGCGUGACCGUCCCGGAGGAGUUCCGCAGGACUCAGCUGACCAGCCUCAUGAGCCUGAUCAAAGACAACGAGGACCAGAUCUCCAAGGUGUUGCACCAGGACCUCGCGAAGCCCAAAUUCGAGGCCAUCCUCUCUGAGAUUGAGAUCGUGCUCAAUGAGCUGCACUACGCCAUCUCCAACCUGGCGCGCUGGAUGCAGCCGGAGUAUGUGUCCAAAAGCCUGGCCACAAAGCUUGAUGACUGCUUUAUCCGGAGGGAGCCUCUUGGAGUGGUGCUGAUCAUCGGGCCCUGGAAUUACCCGCUGCAGCUCCUCAUCCUGCCCCUGGUUUCAGCCAUCGCUGCAGGAAACUGCGUGGUCAUCAAGCCCUCCGAGGUCAGCAGUGCCACCGAGAGUCUGGUGGCCGAGCUCAUCCCCAAGUACCUGUCUCAGGACUGCUACACAGUCGCUCGUGGUGGAGCUGAGGAGACCAAGGCGCUGCUGGAGAAUCGCUUUGACCACAUCUUCUACACAGGCUCUCAGGCUGUGGCCAGAAGCAUCGUGCAGGCGGCCUCCAUCCAUUUGACGCCCGUGACGUUGGAGCUGGGCGGCAAGUGUCCCUGCCUCAUAUAUGGGAAGAUAAACAUCGCGGCCGCCGCCCGCCGCCUGGUGUGGGCCAAGUACUUCAAUGUGGGCCAAAGCUGUGUGGCUCCAGACUAUGUGCUUUGCACAAAAGCCGCCCGAGACGCUCUGGUACCGGCUCUGCGCGAGGUUCUGGAGGAGUUCUACGGGAAGGAGCCUAAGGAGAGUCCAGACUUGUCACGCAUUGUGUCAGACCGACACUGGACUCGCCUCAUGGAGCUGCUCAAGAAGACCUCUGGGAAGGUGGUUGUGGGAGGAGAGGCAGACCAGGAGGACAAGUACAUAGCUCCCACGGUGGUGGUGGACCUGCAGGGAGACGACGCUCUGAUGGCACACGAGAUCUUUGGACCCAUUCUGCCCAUCCUCACUGUGGAGAGUCUGGAGGAAGGCAUCGACUUCAUCAACGGGAAAGAAAAGCCUCUGGCGCUCUACGUUUUCUCGGACGAGUCCUCGGUGGUAAAGACCGUGAUGGAGAACACGAGCAGCGGGGGGUUCUGCUCCAAUGACGCCAUCAUCCACAUGACCCUGCCCGGCCUGCCUUUUGGGGGUGUAGGUAUGAGCGGGUGGGGCAGUUACCACGGGCGCUGGGGCUUCGAGGAGUUCAGCCACCGGCGCGGCUGCAUGCUGCGCGGCUGGGCUCUGGAGAGGCUGAACGGGCUGCGCUAUCCUCCGUACAGCAGCGAGAAGCUGAAGUGGCUGCGCUGGACCACGUCUCCUCACAGCUGCUCGCUCAUGUGAGCACACGAGCCACCGCUCCACAGGAUCAGCACGGGGGCAAACGCUGGCAUUCAUGGGGCAAGUUUUGGGGGAGAAAACAGAACCAUAACUUGUUCUGUCCUGAAGCCAGAUUUAAGGAGGACAGUUUGACACGAAGCUAAAGUUUUAAAGCUGCCAAAGCAAAAAUAAAAGGUGAAUUUUCUCUGACCACUUUA